AUGAUAUCUCUGCGUCAUUAUCAUCUCCUGCGAGGGACUGCUUUAUCAAAGUCAAUUGUUGACCAAAUUAAAACCAAUGUGGUAACGCUGAAGAGAAAAUAUCCGGAUUUCAGCCCCACAUUAAAAAUUAUUCAAGUUGGUAAUAAAUCAGACUCUAGCACUUACAUCCGGAUGAAACAGAGAGCGUCAAAGUCAUGCCUUAUCACGACAAUAGUGGAAAAACUACCUUUAAACGUCUCUGAAGAUGAAGUUCUAGCAAGAAUAGAAGAAUCGAACAGUGAUUCUGCAAUAGAUGGCAUCAUAGUACAGUUACCUCUACCUAAGCUGUUAAAUGAACAAACCAUUACUGAUGCCAUAUUGCCUUCAAAAGAUGUUGAUGGCCUAACGGUUUUCAAUUCAGGACAACUGGCAAAAAGAGGUGGCCAUCCUUUUUUCUUACCAUGCACCCCAAAUGGUAUAAUGGAACUUUUAAGGUCCGAUCCAAAUAUAAUCGUAGAGGGGAAAGUCGCUCUAGUUAUAGGAAGGUCAGAUAUUGUCGGUAACCCUCUUGCGACAAUGUUAAGGAAGGAGAAUGCCACAAUAAUUAGUUGCCAUAGCAAGACGAAAAACAUAGAAAGGCUAAUAAAAUUAGCAGAUAUUUUAGUUUCAGCUUGUGGAAUUCCCAAUUUUGUCAAAGGCGAAUGGCUUAAGAAGGAUGCAGUCAUAAUUGAUGUUGGGAUUAAUUACGUAAAGGAUAAAAGCAAAAAAUCAAAGAGAAAACUAGUGGGUGACGUCGAUAUCGCUUCAGUAAAGAAUACAAUAGGCUUUCUUACACCAGUUCCUGGUGGUGUUGGCCCAAUGACAGUCGCCUCUCUCAUGAACAAUGUCUUCAUUGCUGCUAAAAACAGUAUCGCGGGCAAAACAUUCCAUCCGUAUAUUUCCCCUCUGCCAUUACCAAACUUGGAAAACAACACUAAAGUGUCUGAUUUUCAAAUAUCCAAGUUACAGAAACCCAAGCGUAUUGAAAAAUUAGCUGAAGAGUUGGGAAUUCUACCAGAUGAACUUGAACUGUUCGGUCAUUUCAAGGCAAAAAUAUCAACAUCCAUCCUCGAAAGAUUAAAAAUGAAACAAAAUGGCAAGUACGUUUUGGUUGCUGGUAUUACACCUACGCCCUUUGGUGAAGGAAAGUCUGCGACCACGAUUGGCUUGGCUCAAGCACUCACUGCCCAUUUGGGGAUCCCUUCAAUAGCUAACUUACGCCAGCCUUCCAUGGGCCCAAUAUUUGGUAUGAAAGGGGGAGCUGCUGGGGGAGGUUUUUCACAAGCUAUACCCACCGAAGAAUUCAAUUUACACCUUACUGGCGACAUGCAUGCAAUUACUGCAGCCACUAAUCUUUUAGCAUCGGCAGUUGAUACAAGAUACUUCCAUGAAUCGACGCAAAAGGAUAUUACUCAAUUUUUUAGUCGAUUAGUAACCAAUAAACGAAAUGGGAAACAAGAAUUUACUCCUUUCAUGCUCAGACGGUUGAGAAAAUUAGGAAUUUCGAAAAAGAAUCCAAACGAACUCUCUUUAGAAGAGAUACGACAAUUUUCUUUAUUAAAUAUAAACCCCGAUUCGAUUAUUGUGAAUCGAGUGAUAGAUAUGAAUGACAGAAUGUUAAGGAAAAUAACGCUCGGGCAAGCUCCUUCUGAGAAGGGUCUCAUUCGAGUUUCAAGAUUUGAAAUUACAGCUGCAUCUGAAUUAAUGGCCAUUUUAACUUUGUCUAAAAGCAUUAAAGACCUCAGAAAAAGGGCCGGUGAAAUAGUUGUUGCAUUUGACUACGAUGGAAACCCUAUCACUGCAGAAGAUAUCGGAUGCGCUGGUGCGGUAGCAGCUCUGCUAAAAGACUCGAUGAAACCAACAUUAAUGCAAACACUUGAAGGAACUCCAGUUUUAGUACAUGCAGGCCCUUUCGCUAAUAUAUCAAUAGGAUCAUCAUCAAUCAUGGCAGAUCUUAUAGGACUAAAGUUAAUGGGUCAAACAAACGAUGAAAAUUCAACUACUGGAUUUGCGGUAACCGAGGCUGGAUUUGAUUUCAGUAUGGGUGGUGAACGCUUCCUGGAUAUUAAAUGCCGCUCAUCUUCUCUGAUUCCAAAUGUGGUUGUCCUCGUUGCUACACUUCGAGCUUUAAAGAUGCAUGGCGGUGGUACUGACGUUAAACCGGGCCAACCAAUUCCCAAAGAAUAUAUGGAAGCGAAUACUGAGCUAGUGAAGAAGGGUCUUAAGCACUUGAAGAAACAAAUAGAUAAUGUUAAAGAGUAUGGAAUCCCCUGUGUUGUGGCAUUAAACAGAUUUGAAACCGAUACUGAGGAGGAAUUCGAAGUCGUGAGGCAAAGUGCUUUAAAAGCAGGGGCUUUUGAUGUAAUAAAUUCUAAUCAUUACGCUGAAGGCGGUAAAGGAGCAGUAGGGUUAGCGCAUGCCGUUGUAAAUGCAUCUCAGAAAGAUAGAAAUUUCCAUUUUUUAUAUAACCUAGAGGAUAGUUUUGAGGAGAAGGUUAGAAAAGUGGUGGCAAAACUGUAUGGAGGCCAAGAUAUUUCUAUGUCAAAAGAAGCAGAGAAUAAGAUGAAAAAAUAUGAGACUCUUGGAUAUGGUAAUCUGCCAAUAUGCAUAGCAAAGACGCAAUAUUCUUUAUCAGCAGAUCCCAAGCUGAAAGGUACGCCAAAUGGGUUCAUUAUCCCAAUAAAGGACAUCAAAUUAUCAGCUGGUGCUGGCUACAUUCAAGUUUUAACGGAGGGGAUCCAGACAAUGCCUGGAUUACCGACACGCCCAGGUUUCAUGGAUAUGGAGAUUAAUGAGAAAGAUGAGAUUGAAGGUCUAUUCUAA